UUCCGCACUCCAGAGUGGCCGCUACACGCAUGAAUGACAAGCCUAGCGGAAGUUAGAAUGGCAGCUGCGAGUUGCGCGAUGUUGUGGAUCUUGCUUUUGCUCUCGCGUGGAAUCUUCAGCGCAUGCGACGCUGCAAGCAAGCGGCAACACAGAGAGCGAGAAGGUACUUCGAAGAUCGUCGUAACGGAGGAACAACGAGCCACGAUGCACUGUCCGUCGACUAAAGACAAACACGUAGUGCUUAUACAGUGGUUCAAGGAAGACGACAAGGGACCCAUAUACGAAUACCAGGUGCUGCCUCACGAGGACUGGACGCAUUUUGAGAACACUCACCGCAAGGCCACCCAUCAGCAUCGUCCACGCCCCGACUGGCAGGGCAGAGCGUUCUUCCGCGGCGGCCACGAAGACAGUCCGGCGCUGACUAUGACGAAGCUGAAGCCGCGGGACCAAGGGACUUAUGUUUGCAAGGCGACCUUCAAGGACGGCGCUUCCAGGACGUUAGCCACUUCUUUGCUUGUCGUAGGUUCCACUAACCAGCCAAGCAUAUUUGACGAGAAAGGAGAGGAAGUCCACGGCGUAGCAGGGCCUUACAUGGAGGGUGACUCAUUGAUGCUGACCUGCGAAGCCAACAUUGACUUCCGGCUGACCUGGUAUUGGAAUUCAGCUCCAACCCUCGGCAAGGGCCAUCGGCAGGCCAAUGGCAUGUUCUCACAGUUGAAACUCGCGAGGCAUAACCUGUCCCGGAGGGACCGUGACACCCAUAUCACAUGCGUCGCCACCAACGCUCUUGGGGCCACGCUGAACACCUCAGUUAAGCUGGAUCUCUGGACGCCUGCAUCAUCAGUGCGUAUCAGGGCUCGGCCGUUCAAGGAUGGCGUACCUGCCAGCGUGGAGUGCGAGGUACUGGGUUCGAGACCCGCUCCCCUGGUCACGUGGUACGUCGGUGGCGAAGGUCCUCAGGACGCCACAUUCACCCACGUACAAGAGGAUACCGAUGUUGCCACCAGUGUGCUGACGUUGACGGUGUCCGCCAAGGACCGAGGCAAGACGAUCACGUGUGUCGUCGCUCAUCCAGUCACCGAAGACCGGCUGAACGCCAGCUUCGUCGUCGACGUUCACUACAAGCCAUCGCUUCGACUGACGGUCAACGCCACGAAAAUCGACUCCGGAGAAGACCUCUUCAUGGAAUGCGAAGUUAACGCCAACCCCCCGGCUAUGGAAGUUAGCUGGCACCUCAAUGGCCGCCUCUUCAGCAUCAGCCAAGCGCCUAGUGUCCCGACCGCUUCGGUUCCCUUCACUAGGACGCGAUUGGAUCGUUCCGACUCGGGAAACUACCAAUGCCGUGCUUGGAACAGCUGCGGCGAGGCAGUGAGCAACUUAGUCGCCGUCACUGUUACUGGAGCCGAUGGCCUGUCGACGCUACUCACGGCCGAUUUUCAAGUGAUCGCACUAUCAGCUCUCGCAUCGUUAACAUCGCAAGUCCAGAAUUUCUGACGUGCGCACAUUAGACGAACGUUUAGUUUUAAUUAUUCCUUUAUAUAGAUUAUAGGCUCGCCGUGCGUCGCAAUGUAGAGUUGUCAGAAAGCAAAUGUAAGAACAAUAAUGAAGACAGACGAACUCCGGUGUUCGUAGAAGCAAC